AUACCACCUGUCACCGGCAGGGGGCAUACGAGUACGAAAGCUGACAAAAGCUGUCAAGUUUGUGUAAUGUCAACAUAACCCUAAUUCGAGUGUAAGGGUGCAUUUUUUUACAAAUAGGACGUUUGCUGAAUCAUUAUCGCAAACAAAAUUCAACAAUCAGAACGCCUGAAAACAAACUAAAACGUAGUAAGUGAAAAUGGACAUCUUCAGCAAGACUGUUGAAUCUAGGAGUAACACCCCGAAAACCUAUGAAUCUGAUGACGACUCCAACUCAAAUACUACAGCGGAUCACAACGUCAAACAAGAACAAGAUCUAACUGAAACCGACCAUAUGGACAUAAGUCAUCAACUCACGUCUGAAAUUCACAUUAAAGAUGAACAUACCUCAUACCUAGAUUCGGAUAUAAUUAUGCCAGAAGCGUUACACAACAGCAGUUCCCAGUCCAGGAAAAAGGAAAUAAAGACUAGAAAAGAAAUGGAGGAGGAGGAGCGUGAAAAAAUGCAAGUUUUAGUGUCUAAUUUUACUGAAGACCAGUUAGAUCGCUAUGAGAUGUACAGACGGUCUGCGUUUCCAAAGGCCGCAAUUAAAAGGUUAAUGCAGACCAUUACUGGUUGCUCUGUUUCACAAAAUGUUGUUAUCGCAAUGGCAGGUAUUGCGAAGGUGUUUGUUGGAGAAGUUGUAGAAGAAGAUUGUCAUGGAUCUAAAACUCAUACACUGGUAACAGAAAAUAUUAACUCGAGAGACAAGAACUUGGAUCUUCGUCAAAUGAUCGACAAAUCUACAAACACUCUCAUUACAGGAGAUUAUUUUCCUUUAAAUACAAGUAUGUUAGAUCCGCCAGAACUCCCUCAUAUUAAAGAGGAGCCUCACAGCGCAUACGUUUUUGAAUAUCUCCCUCCCAAGUCUCCACGUUGUGAAGACACCAACCCAAAUGUAAAAACCUCACCUGUGCAACCUGACAUUUUGACUAUUCAACUACCGGAACAAAAACCAAAACCCGAAAGAACAGCCUCUUCAAGUGUGCCAUUUUUUGAAGACCAGCCAAAGAAAGAAGACAAAGGACCAAAUCUAGAAAACGACACGAAAAAUUUAUGCCGACGCCAACCAGACUUUUGUAUUUACUGUGAAACCGAUGUGUUAAAUUUCGCCCGUCAUCUUAGAAGAAUCCAUGGGUGUGAACCUGAAGUUAUUAAAAUACUCUCGGUGCCAGCGAGUUCUCCCGAAAGGAAGCACUUAAUUUCCGAGUUAAGGAAAAGGGGCAAUUUUGUCAAAAAUUCACACAUGUGCCUGAAACCCGUGAAAAGCGGAAAAAUGGGAAAUGGGGUCAGAUAUGUACCGUGUAAACACUGUUUGGGCUUCUAUUCCUCUAAACAAUUAUAUCGCCAUGUGAAAACGUGUAGAUCGAGAGAAACCGUUCGGACUGUGUACUCACACUUAACUGAUGCACAAAACGUGCUGCUGAGGCACAAACAGAUAGAUAAAGAUUUAGUGAACAUCGUUUUUCCAAAAAUGCUUGCAGACGACAUAUCAAUGGAAGCAAAAUCGGAUCCGUUAAUUUGCAUGUUUGGUGCGAGAUAUAUUAAGUGUCACAGGGAGAGACAUUUUGUUAAUAUCUGCUCGAGAAAAAUGAGAGAACUGUCGAGGUUGCUAAUUGAAAUCAAGAAGCAGAAACCUUUGAUUCAAUCUUUGUUUGAAGCGCUGCGCCCGGAAAAUUUUCAGUUAUUCGUUCAAGCCACAAAAGUCAUUGCAAAGUAUGAUCCAGAGACAGAUAAAUUUGAGACACCGACGUACGCAUUGAAUAUUCAAAGUUCGUUAAAACAGUGUUGCGACAUAGCAAUUUUAACAGUUUCAAAAGAUAGCAGUGUUUGUGAUAUAGAAGCGGAGGAAGAGUAUAAAGCCUUUAAACAAUUACUCGAAGAUGCCUGGAAGUUUGAAAUUUCGGCUAAAUUUACUGUUAGCAACAACACUCAAAAAUUUAAUAAAGUUCCCUUAAUUCCAUUGGUCGAAGAUUUGAAGGCUUUGACAGACUAUCUGGAACAAGAAGGCGAAAAAACCUAUUUAGAUCUAGAAAGUAACCGAGAUUUACUCUCUUAUAAAACCCUUUCAGAAAUUGUAUUUUGUCGUUUGUUAUUGUUAAAUAGGAUGAAAAUUGGAGAAUUGGAAAAAACACGUUUAUCAAUUUAUGUGUCUGAAGACACCACCCAAAACGAUGAUUUGUCGCAUUUCGUUACACUGUGCGAAAGAAUAUUAUUAAAAAAAUUCAAAAACAUAGUUUUAAGAGACAGUCAGUGUAGAGACAUACCGGUCCUGUUCAGUUCAGAACUUCAAAAAUACACAGAUAAGUUAAUUGAACUGCGGACUAACUUUAUUAGAACUGAAAAUGUCUAUUUAUUUGCCGACAUAUAUACAAAUAAUCCCAUUGAAGCCCACAAAAUAUUUAGAACCCACGCCCUCAAAUCAGGCGUCAAAAAUUGUAAUGCCUUAAUAUCCAUACGUUUAAGGAAGCAUUUGGCCACUGUAGCUCAAUUACUUACCAUGUCAAACUACGAUCUAGAACAACUUCAAACUUUUAUGGGACAUAACCAAGAUACUGAAAGACCAUUUUAUGUGCAACCUCUUGACAUACACCAGGUUGCUAAACUUUCAAAAACACUGUUAUUCAAAGAGAGAGGUAAGACUGGGGAGUUAAAAAUCAAAACUUUAAGUGAAAUUGAUAUGGAGAUCGACUCCGAAAACGACGAAACAGAUAAUGAAGCGCAAGAGGAUCUUGAAAUUUUAUGUGAAUAUAGUUCUUCACGCAACAAACCAAAUAAAAUUCCUCGGAAACUGAUCCCAUGGACCGUUGAACAAAAAGCCGCUGCGAGAAGUUUUUUUGCGGAGAAUAUUGCAAAUAAAAAACCGCCGAAGAAAAAUGAUGUUGAACAGUUACGAAUAAGAUACAACAGCUUAUUUGAUAAUAAAUCUUGGCCACAAAUAAAGGUUUUCGUGCAGAAUAUUUACAAGAAAAACACAUAAGUGUGCAUUUCACUCAAAAAUUUUAUAUUUACGCUGUUUUCCUGAUUUUUGAAUCAGGGUUAAGUGUUUUUGUGUGUUGUUUUUUAUGUAAAAUCGUGUUAUUUAAAUAAAGAUUAUUUUUUUGUUA